AAUUUUAGUUUACAACGGCCCCGCCCUCGGAUGGGGGUCUGACUUGCGCAUGCGCAGACGGUGUGUCUCUGCAUUCGUCUGUGCCCUGCAGCAGCGAGCAACGGUGGAACACUCUGCACACCCCGUCCCAUAAAAAGAGACAUGGCAGAGAAAGGAGCGCAGAACGCGGUGCAACAGGACAAGCCCGGAAAAGGCAAGCAGGGCGAGAACAAAGGGGACUGUGUGACAUGCCAGCAUCACGCACCCAGGGGACAUGGCACGAUGGCCGUCCCUCCUGCUUACUCUGACCUCGGCAAAUCUGCCAAAGACCUCUUCAACAAGGGCUAUGGCUAUGGAGCUCUGAAACUGGACAUUAAGACCAAGACCCAGAGCGGUGUUGAGUUUGCCACCUCUGGCUCCAGCAACACAGACACAGGGAAGUCCGGAGGCCACCUGGAGACCAAGUACAAAGUCAGCGAGCUGGGCCUCAGCUUCAACCAGAAGUGGAACACAGACAAUACCCUCACCACAGAACUCACCAUGGAGGAUCAGCUGGCUAAAGGCCUCAAGCUUGGCCUGGACACGUCGUUCGUGCCCAACACUGGCAAGAAGAGUGCCAAACUAAAGACCGGUUACAAGCGUGACUUCAUCAACAUGGGCUGCGACCUGGACUUCGACAUGGCCGGCCCCACCGUGCACGCAGCCGCCGUGCUGGGCUACGAGGGCUGGCUGGCUGGGUACCAGCUGGCCUUCGACACCGCCAAAUCUAAACUGACCCAGCACAACUUCGCCCUCGGCUACAAGGCCCAUGACUUCCAGCUUCAUACCAAUGUAAAUGACGCCACAGAGUUUGGUGGCUCCAUUUACCAAAAGGUGAACAGUAAGUUGGAAACAGCGGUCCACUUGGCCUGGACAGCUGGCAGCAACAACACCCGCUUCGGCAUUGGAGCCAAAUAUCAGCUGGAUAAAGAUGCCUCACUGUCUACCAAAGUAAACAAUGCCUGCCUUGUUGGAGUUGGAUACACACAAACCCUCAGGCCGGGAGUGAAGCUCACCCUCUCGGCCGUAAUCGACGGGAAGAACGUGCACGGCGGGGGCCACAAAGUGGGCCUAGGCUUCGAGCUGGAGGCGUGAGGAGAACGGGAGACAAUGAGCAGAGAAGUUCAGAUGCACAACGCUGCAACGGUCCACUCAGCGACACAUCUUCCCUACACACACGUAGACACACGUUGGCCUUAACCCGGAAACAUCACACCUCCAAGACCUUUGUGACUUUGGAAAAAGUCGAGCAUUAUUUUUAAAUUUUACGUUUAUUUACAACAAGGUUUGCACAAAGAAACAGACUUGACAGCAGGCAGUUUGUGCAAACUUUUAAAUGUGCUGUAUAUGAACGGACAAAGUGAAUUUGUGUCUCCACCAUAUCUUUGUUUUUACUGCCAUAUGAUUUGACACUUAUUUAGAUUUUGUUCAGAUAUUAUCUGCGUUCAGUUAUGAUAAGGUUAUUAAUGUUUGACUUUGCUGCAUGCUAACGAGGCUCACGUUGACAAGUACACUGAUGAUAACCUGAUGCAAUAAAGGCUGGAGAGAAUUAAGAUGGACGAAGAGUUGGUCCCUCUCCGACCUGGAGGCCUGGUGACUGCGUUUACCAUUUGACCUCACUAAUCAUGGGUCCUAUUUGGUGAAAAGGGCCAGUGGAAAUCUGGAACACAGCUUGUCUUGUAUUAUUUUAACCGUUAUCUCUACUGGCUUGUGCUUUAUUUAGGGAACUUAGCCAACAGUUAGAGCCUCACACUCAUUUUAAUAAAGUUAUGGAAUAAAUAAUGUAAAAUGCCAUAAAACUGAUGUUGUGGUUUUAAUUUGGGAGACAUAAAAAAAUAAAGGAGAAGAA